GAACGGCGGGAAUGCGCGAGGGUCCUCUUUUCGGCUGCGGGAAUUGCCUACCGUCGUGUCAGCAACCCCUUAGGUGAGGUCGACGGGGUAGUAGUCGGGCACUUUCUUCUCCUGUCGUCGAGAGCGGCGUAGCGCGAGGAGUAAGCUAGCAGCCAUGGUGAAGAUCAGCUACUACAGGAACUAUGGGAAAACCUUUAAGAAGCCGAGACGUCCUUAUGAGAAGGAACGGCUUGAUGCCGAGCUGAAGCUCGUCGGAGAGUAUGGGCUCCGUAACAAGCGAGAGCUGUGGCGCGUUCAGUAUGCACUUAGCCGAAUCCGGAACAAUGCCCGUACGUUGUUGACUCUCGACGAGAAGAAUACUCGAAGAAUCUUCGAGGGAGAGGCAUUGUUGAGGAGGAUGAACAGGUACGGUCUUCUGGACGAGUCGCAGAACAAGCUCGAUUACGUCUUGGCAUUGACGGUGGAGAAUUUCUUGGAGAGGAGAUUACAAACACUCGUCUUCAAGACUGGCCUGGCCAAGUCUAUCCAUCACGCUCGUGUGCUCAUCCGUCAACGGCACAUUCGAGUGGGGAAGCAAAUUGUCAACAUCCCGUCGUUCCUUGUGCGGGUGGAUAGCCAGAAGCACAUCGACUUUGCGCUGACGAGUCCGUUCGGCGGAGGACGUCCGGGUCGUGUUGCAAGGAAGAAUGCUAAGGCCGCCACGAAGAAGGCAUCUGGAGGAGAUGGUGAUGAGGAUGAUGACGAAUAGACCAGAAGAGGAGAGGAGGUUCUUGCACUCUGGACGGUGGAGGCAGAACGGCCAACGAGUGUUUGUAGGGAGAAGAGACUAGAGGGAAGACGAGUAUGCCAAGUGAAAUCGAUCGACGAUGGAGUGGCCGUCAGUUAAAAUUUUCUUCUUAGGUUGCGGAUUUGUCUUUACAGAUGAUGAUCGGAUGAUGAUGAGAAAAUGGAUAUGCUUUUCACCGGAAUAUAGGGUUUUGAUUUUGCCGGCGGUCAUCUCUGUCUCUAUCCCCGCGGCGAGCGCCUUCUUUUGCGGGUGGGUGGCCCGACGACACAUGCCGCUGGUAUGUGGGCCAUGUGCUUCCGUCCAAAUUCGUUGUUUUGGGAGUUAGCAGGUAGUGUGCUAUUAGUCAUCCUUUUCCCACAAUUGGCGGUGAAAUGGAUCAAGCCGUUCAUCUCUUCUCUCUUACAGGCAAACGGGGGUUGGCGUAACGUGGGAGUGUGCUCCUGAUUAUAAGGAAAAGAUGUUGUUUCUCUUAAUUUUGGAGAAUUCCGUUGCGAGCUCUAAACAAGGAUGUGGACGAAAUUGAAAAGAGUUUGGGAAUGCUUGUUCGUUCGCUUUGAUCUCUGCUUUCCGUUCUUUUUUCCAGCGUGUUUUUUGCUGAUUAUUGCAGGUUUCCUGUGCGCUUGGCUCUUCUAUCUUUCGUCCACUUGCCUUUUUUUUUGUCGAUAUUCUGUUCUCUCAGCGUUCCUACAAGUAUUGAAUUGAAUUGAAAAAGCGGGGCCAAUCGCUAUGCGUCCAUGCAUAAGUACUUGCGCUGUUGUCUUGCAGAAGCAUUGCGACAGUGUUGUGUUCCUUUCGUCUUCCGUUUGCACGUUAGUCCUGUCCUCUACACGAUGACUUUUGUGUGCUGUGCGAACGGUACCGUGUCUUACAGAAGCCUUUGCAGAAAACUGAAGGGAAAGUUUCUCACGUAGGUUCGGUCUCAUGUAGAUGCCGAAGCCUAACUCUUUCUUCCCGAACGAUUGCCUGCGAAUGUUCAUCAGUGUGUUUUUUGCAUCUGCACGAAAAUUAGGUGGAGUGUUAUAAGCCCACUCACAAACGAUGCCGUGCUAACUGUGCAUCAGUAUGUUUUGCAUCUACAUAAGAAUUAGGUGGACUGUGACAAGCGUACUCACAAACGAUGCCGUCAGGAUUGUGCAUGUGGAUUAUGCAUUUACAUGAGAAUCAGGGGGCUUAAAAGGACCACUGCCGUGAUCACUGUGUCGCUGAGUCGCAGGUUGAGCCGAAGUCGCAAGUUGAGCCUCAACCCAAAAAAACGUCGGGCGCCCAUCUAUAGUUUCAUCGACUCACGCGGCUCCCCGAAGUUCAAUUUCAGGCCCGCGGUGCCAUAUAAGAGAAAGGUAGUGAGGGGACGCCUAACCCCCUGACAGAUGACCCCCUUACAGAUUCGGAAUGCCUGGGUGUAUGCAGAGGGGAAAAGUUCUGUCUGCGAGGAACGGAUUCGAAAACAGAUGUACGUGGACUUGUUAUGCGGAAGGAUACGGAGAAAAUUAAAGAUUUCUGCGAAACGAUAAAACAUACAACGAGAGAUUGACGUAUGUUUUUUUUUCUUAGUUUCCUUUGGUAAUGCAGAAUGUCUGAGUGUACGUUGGCUGAAGGAAAACGUUGAGCUGUGUGUUUGUCGGAAAUUCACUGUUGGGAGCGGACGGAAUUGCGUCCGUUGUGAACGAACAGAUCACCUGUAUUUGGAAGUAUACAGAAUGAGCCUUGCACAGUUCCUGCAAAGUGUUGACAUGCACACAUAGGGUAAUGAAUCUGCGGCGUGCGA